UCGUAGUUGACAAAACUUUGCAAACUUUUCUUACAUUCUUGUUAUUAUCAGCUGUCAUCAGACCGCAUGUCGUCAAAGAAAAAAUUUGAUUGAGAAUGGAGCCAGGGACACUUGCCAAAGUGUUAAAUGACUUUCUAACAACCGAAGAUGGCGAAUUGAGUCUCGUUAAAGGCCAAUACUUUUUGGUUGAAAAAGUUAUUGAUAAGCAUUGGUGUUAUGGUGAAUCAAAUCACAAAGUAGGAAAGUUUCCAAUCAAGUGUUUACAUAAAGUUGAAAUUCCUCGUAUAAAUGACAAUGAAGCAUUAUUCAUUUCUAUUGCUCCUUUCCGUGGGGAACAACCUGGUGAUAUAACUUUUGGCCUAGGUGAACUAAUCAUUGGCAAUCCAGAAGCAUCAUCUGGCUGGUUGUCAGGCCAUACAGAUGUGAGAGAAGGAAUAUUUCCUGCUUCGUAUGUUUGGCAAGUUGAUACAAAUCAAUUAAAGAUACCUAACAAGAAAAAUAUAAUAAAAAGAACAGCAAAAGUGAAAGCAAAUCUCAAAGCACAAUUGGAUGAAGAAUUGGAUUUAACUGAAGGAGAAAUUGUUAUAGUCACAGAAAUUUUGGAUGAUGGAUGGUGUCGAGGUUAUAAUGAACAUGGAAAUCAGGGUACUUUUCCUGAAGGUUUCAUCACAUACUUAGAGGAAUCAACCUUUGAUGAGGUGGAUGAUGAUCAUUCUGACUUUUCUAUAAUAAAUAACUUUGAAAAAUCUACUAUGAGUGAGAUGAAUCAGAAUCAAGCGCAUAAAAGUUACACAAAUAGUAUUCAAGCUCGUUAUAAUGAGCUACCAUCCAAUAAUUCUUCCAGAGAUAAUACUUUUCCACAAUCUGCUAUUGGUGGUCGAAUUUAUAAAGAUUUUGGAGAUAGUUAUCCGAGUAACAUUCAUCUUCACUAUGAUGAUCCUGCACCAGACUAUAAUGAAUUAUUUCCUGAAAAUGCAGUACCAAAGAUUGAUUUUACAACAGAAAAUAAUGCAUCAGCUCUCAAGCCAUAUGCAAUAUCAUUGUUUCCAUUUAAAGCUCAAUUUCCAAAUGAGCUGAGUUUUGAAACUGGACAAGUUGUUGAACUAGUUAGGUAUAUUGAUAACGAGUGGGCUGAAGGUAUAAUAAAUAAUGCCAAAGGUAUUUUUCCAGUAUCAUAUGUAAAUGUCAUUGUUGACUGUGUUGAAUCACAAAGUGUUAAGGCACAGGAUGAUGAACAAAGGAUGGAUGAGUUACAGAUAAAUGACCAUGUAAAAGUAGAAUAUCAAUUCGAUGCACAAAUGGAUGGUGAUUUAAGUGUUUCAGAAGGAGAGAUUGUCACUGUUGUAGAAAUGACUAAUAAAGAUUGGGUGACAGUAAAAAAUAAUCAUGGUAAAACUGGAUUUUGUCCAAGAAGCUAUCUUACUAAAAUAAGUAAAAUGAAUGAUCAGCAUGAUGAUGUUUUCCAUGAUGCUCUUGAUAAUUUUGUAAUGACAAGGAAUACAGAGAAAGAUGAGAAUGAUGGAUCAGCAGAAAGAUCUAAAAGAUUGUCAGAACCUCAUCGACCAGCACCUCCAGCACCCACACCUGGAAGAGUUCCUUUACAAAAACAGAAUAAUGUUGCUUGUGAUCCAAGUGAAGAACCUGAUGCAGGUACCUUAAUUAGACAAAAACGUGCUGACCAAAGACAAAAUGUUAUAACAGAAUUAUACCUAACUGAAAAAGAUUAUGUGAGAGACUUAAAAAUGACUUAUGAAACAUUCAACUUACAUAAUCCAGACUUUUUAGAAUCUAAAGGAAUAGAUGUAGUAACUCUCUUUGGAAAUAUUUCUGAAGUUACUGCAGUAGCUGAGGAGUUAUUAGAACUGAUUCAGAGAGCAAUGAAAGGUUGUGAUGAAGAUUAUCAAACUAUAGGACCUUGUUUUUUGAAAAUGUCUGAAAAGAUGAGGAAUGCUUAUGGAAGAUACUGCAGUAAUCAUGAAUCAUCAUUGGCGCUUUUGCAAAAGUAUGAAAGUAACAGAGAAAUUAUGAAAAUUUUUGAAAAAGGAGUUGAAACUUUAAGAAUGCAAGUAGCAUGUUUUGAUAUGAAUUCUGUAUUAAUCAAGCCUGUUCAAAGAAUUCUAAAAUAUCCAUUAAUUUUGAACGAAUUGUUGAAGGCAACCGAGGACGAUCAUCCAGAUAAACCAAAAAUUGGAGAAGCAGCUAUAGUAAUGGCAGAUGUUGCUAGUUAUAUUAAUGAAUAUAAGAGGAAAAAAGAAAUAGCUGAGAAGUAUUUGAGUUGUAACAACACUUUGAUUGGCCGCAUGGCCAAUUUAAAUAUGCACUCAGUAGCAAAAAAAUCUUCAAGAUUAAGUGCUAAGCUUUCAGUAACUUUAGGCUUAUCUAAUUUACCAUCGGAUCCAAAAUUCGACGAGUUAGCUAAAGAUUUCACUUCACUCGAAAAGUGCACAAAACAACUUAUGAAAGAUGUUAUGCAGUGCAUGGAUUAUUUAGAUAAUGAAACUUUAUGCGGCACAGUUCUCACGGAGCAAAUGCAUAUGUAUUUUACUGGAGUACCUUGCAACGAAGUCGAGAGACUUCGACAGUUACGAAAUGUUAUAAGAUUUCAAUUUUUGAAUAACUUUAAAGAAUGCGUGUGUAGACGUGUGGUAGAUCCACUAAAUUAUCUCAUUACAUUACUCGCUGGACCUGAACUAUUAAUCAAUAAGCGAUAUGACAAAAUGCUUGAUUAUGAUACCGCCAUUUCGAGAGACGGAAGAGGACCAGUGUCUGAUGAUUUGCAUACUGCAAAAAGUCAUUUUGAAGCAUUAAACCAACAAUUGAUAGAAGAACUUCCAGUUUUUAUCGAGGCUGGCACAUCAAUUUUGUACAAUUGCAUUGGAGCAUUUACAAAUGCUCGAAAACUUUACAAUGGCAAAAUUAUGAAAAGAUAUUUAAAUGUUUCAGAAUCUGUUAACCAAGUAUCUCUAGAUGCUAUAUUGGAAUCAUUUUUGGUUCACCAUAAUCUUCUCUACAAUCAAAUCAGUCGCUUCAGUUACGGAGGCUCAAAUUCAAGAACUGAAGAGAAUAAGGAUAACUAUUAUCUCCAAUCGACAGUGCAUAUAAAAAACUUAAAAUCCAAGUUUCCUCCAAAUAAUUUGUACGUAGUAACGAGUUCAGUCACAGGUUCAAGUCCACAUGAUUUACCAGUAACUAAAGGAACCAUAGUCGGCGUGAUAAAAACUCAAGAUCCUAUGGGAAAUACAUCAAAGUGGUUUGUUGAUAAUGGUACCUCGAAAGGUUUCGUGGAAAGUCAAUACUUGGAGCUUAGCGAUGAGGCAAAACUUAUCGAGGCAAGUGCAAGUGCCAGUGGAGCUUGUUCUGAAGAUACAACUGAUUUGAUGGCUCUCGAUUCACCAGUGAAAGCGGCUAAGCGAUACUCUGCCGAUCUUCAAUCUCUUUGCUCUAAUACGAGUGAUGAAUACGAACCAGCACCAAAUUAUGAGAAUAUAAUGAAAAUGAGUAACGAACUGAAAGCGGAAAAUACGAUACAUCCGGAACUGAAGCCAGAAAAGGUUUAUAACGAGAAACCAGAAGAAUAUGUUUAUGCUCUUUACGACUUUCAAGCGGUGGAUCUAGCCGGAACACUACCGAUCAAAGAAGGGCAAGCUUUGAAAGUAUUACAGAAACAUGAUGAAAAAAUGAAUUCAAAUUGGUGGCUGGUAGAAAAUCGAUUUGGUGGCAAAGGAUAUGUUCCAUAUAAUUAUGUUGGUAGCGAAAGAGCAUAAAAAAAGAAUUUAGUUCUCGUGCCUUAACUAUUUACUUGCUUAACUUGACAACUUACAAACUUUUUCCAUAUUUAUGAUAUAUCUGUGAUAGUUUUAAAAGUCCAACGUAGUAAUUUUUUUAGUUCUUUAUUUGUUUUUUUUAUGUUAUUGUUAUUGAAUUACCGAUCUUUGCUACGAUCGAAGUCUAUCUAUACAAAAUUUAAACGAAUCGAAGUAUUUGAUCUACUUUUAGAUUGAAAAUCGUUAAUUGUACUAUAUAUUGUAAAUUAUAUAUAUAUAUAUAUACAUAUAUAUAAAUACACAAAAGAGAAUCUACAUAAAAAGAUGAUAAAAUCAAGCAAUGGUUAGACUGUUGCUCUUAAAUUGAUUUAUAAAAAAUUAUAGUAAGCAAAUUAAUUUGAUGAGAUAAUCAUGUUAUCGCAUGGAACAAUUUUGUACCCUUGAAGAUUUCUACACAACUUUUUAUUAUAUCUUAAUAGCUAAUUGUAUAUUUAUAAAUGCAUUUGCCUCAAACAUCAGCUGUUAUUAAAUCUAAUUUUUGAAGAUAAAAUUGUUAUAUUUCAAAGCAUGUGUUAAAUAUACAUUCUACCUUGUUUCCCUUUCAUUUGAUUUAGAAUCUAUUUUGAAGUUUAUGAGAAAAUGUUUUCAAUGUUAAAUUAUGGUUUUUAGUUAAUCAAACUUCUUCUCGCGUGCUUUUUUCAAAAUCACAUGUCAUUCAUGUAAUUAAGAAUUUUCCUUGUUCAUUCAGUACCAUUUUAUGAUUAUCAAUAAAGGUUUUAUUAAUAA